UCGUCUCUGAUUGGGAGGGAGCUAUGAGUCCCCGCCUCCUUUCUCCUCUGAUGCUGCUGAGGGGCGUUCCCUUCACCCUCUGUGACCACGCCCCUCGUGUCUGAUUGGGCCAUUUGAAUCUUGGCGGGGCGGGGCCAAAGAGCAACGGCUGCCGCCAUGUCUGCCUGGUCUCGGAGCCUCCGCUUCGGAGGGAGGCAGACAGAAAGGGAAAGGCCCAAGCCAAGCCGCUCUGCUGAGGAGAAUGCCGGCGCAGCGGAGCGGAGGCGGCAGCUGGACGAGUUCCUGGCCCAGAAAGGGAGGCCCAGGCCGGCGGGUGGCAGGCCCUACUUGAAGGACAGGACCAAUGGGCAGGCCUUGGCUCCCUCCAGACCGGACUCGGUGGCUUGGACGAAGCACAGGGAAGCCGCCCCAAGCAAACCCAAGGCGGCCCCCGUCAAGAAAGCGGUGCCCGGAGCGCCCCACCGCCCUGCGACAAAGGAGCCCCCAGCGGCUGGGUCCCGCUUUCCCCGGAAGCCCCCCUCCCAAACCCACCCUGAGAAGCCACUCAGGAAUGACCACAACAAAGGAAAACAGAAGGCAGAGGAUGGGAAAGAUAAUGCCGUUGUUGGAGUGAUCGCAGUCCGACCGACUCAAAAGAGGGCUGUUUCCAGACCAGCAUUUGGAAGCCAUACAUCCAAGCAAUCUCUGCCUUUGGGGAGUAAGGGGACUUUCUCCCUGAACUCGGCAAAUCCUAAAAAGAAGCACCAAACUCCCCCGCCAGGCAAGAAGCCCUCCGCCCAUCCAAGGAGCCAUUCGGCUGCACCCAAAAGCGGAGCCGAGAGGAAGCAAGGCAACUUCAGGCAACAGCCGAGGACCCCCAAUGCAAAGCCUAGACCCCGGACCUCUGCCGUCCACACAGCUCCUGCCUCUGGGGGGCUCCGAAAUGGCAGGAGAGAGCCCCCCAAACCCAAGCACCCGGAUGUGGGCCCAGGCCAAGAGCUCAAGACCCCUUCUGCUCCGGACCGGAGGCAACUGCUGGAGGACUGGGUGGCGUCCCGAGGAAGAACCUACAAGAGGCCCCCCAUGCGCCCCGCUGCCCCGAAGCCUCCGAAGGCAAAGUCCAGCCUGAACCUCUCCUUCUGGGGCUCCUUGGAGGAGGAGGAGGAGAAAGAGGAAGCGGAGAAGGAGCAGCAGCACCUGGCCAACGAGAUCACACACACCUUGGCAGAGUGCCGGAAGCUGGCCGAAGAGGGCCUUCCUGAAGAGCAGAUCCUCGCAGCGCUGACCCGCAUCCCGCAAGUGGAGAGGUUUGCCCAGUUCUGGGUCUGCAAAGCCACGCUAGAGGCGCAGAGGGGCUCCUUGGACGUGGCAGGGCUCUACGAAGCCGCCCUCUCCGCUGGGGCCACGCCGCUGCAGGAGCUGCGAGAUGCCGUCGCGGGUAUUUUGAAGAAUGUCAAGGCACCGUCCAGGGGUGAGCGUGCCAUGGGGUCCCUUUGCACGAGAGACCCGGAGCCUGUGAGCCCGUCUGGGGUGUGUUUCCCUUCGACCCCUGCAGCCAGCCCUGUUCCAGAGGAAGAAGAAGAGAAUGUGGACCCUCCCCAGACUCCUCAGCAAAGCCCACCGUGGGCUAAGCCCUGCUCGGCCAUCAAGCUCCAGAUCCUUUCCCUGCCCAGGUCCAGCAAGCGAAGCCCUUGGCCAGAGGUGAGACUCCUGACCCCCGUGCGACGGUCCCUGCGCAUUGAAGGCGCCACCGCUUCCUACCCACAGAUGCUGAGGGACCACGACCCUGUCGUCUCCUCCCUGGAGGAAAUCGUGGCCGCAGACCACGGGAGCCAAUUCCUCUUCCGCAGCAACACAGCUCUGCCCGGAGUGGUGAGAGUGGCCGACUUUGUGACUGGACGGGCCACCUGUGGGCACAAUGCCACCCCGGCCACGACGAAAGCAUCAUUGCCACGUUGAGGAGUGUUCACACCACCUCCUUUCCUCCCAGCCUCCUUCUUUCUCUUUCUUUGUAAACAUGACUGGACCCACAGCAUUGUUCUCUGAAGCCCUUUUGGAAACAUGUCCGUCUUUAUUCUUCAAUCCAUCAAUCAGUGUGUUGUCAAAGACUUUCAUGACCAGAAUCCCUGGGUUGCUGUGAGUUUUCCGUGCUGUCUGGCCAUGUUCCAGAAGCAUUGUCUCCCGACGUAUCGCCCACAUCAGCAACCCAAUCAAUCAAUCUUUAUUACAAGGAGGAAAAGUGCACAGCAGAUUCCUAAACUGAUGAGACCCACUUAAGAACAGGACGAGUUCAAUGCUAAAUGCAUACAAACAAGGAAAAAACACUGCAAAUCUAUACAAGGCAAGUUUCAGCCUGGGUCUAAUACAGGAAGUUGUCUUAUCCCGGCUACUUCAGAGAGAAACUUGGCAACAACCAAGGCCACAUGGUGGAAACUGUCAUUAGUAAAAACCUUACAUGAAAUUGGGCUGAUCAAAUCAGGGGGUAUUAUGAAAUUGUGGUGUUACGUUGGCUGUUUACUGCCACAUUUUGCUUCUGCACUUUGUGUAUUUUGCAUGUUGUAUCUUGAGUGCUCUGUGAGCCGCCCUGAAUCCCUCUGGGAGAUGGUGGCAAGGUACAAAUAAAAUAUUAUUAUUAUUA